GAAAAUCGAAAAUCUGCAGCCGACGCCCACCAGGCGUUACCGCCAGCCGCAGCUCCUCCGACUUGCGUUCGCCGCUCUAAAUUCUUUCUCCCUUGCUCCACAAACGACGUUCCUCACGAACAACGAUAUAGCUAAGCUUCACGCAUCGACACGGUCCUGAACGCACACGCGAUGGUCGACUACGACAAGCACAUUCGGAGGGGACACCCCAUCGUCUUUACAUUGAUUAUUGUCUUUGGCAUUAUCGAGAUUGCAAUCUCGGGAUGGCUUGUGGGGAUGUAUAACAGGCAUCAUAACUAUCUCAGCACUUCGGUGCGCGACCGGACGCGCUAUAUCCUCUUUACGUCCGCUUGGACUGUGUUUCUUUCUUUAUUCUACCUCGCGCUUUUCUGGCACUCGUCUUCGGCCGGCUCUGUGCUCACAAGUGUGCUCAGCCAUGGAACUUUCUUGUUCAUGACUUGGGUGUUCUGGCUCGCAGCUGCAGCGAGCAUCACCGCAGCAUUGAGCGGAGGUCUUGACUGCAGCUUGCACUACGUCUACUGCGGCCAGUUGAAUGCUAUGGAGGCCUUUGCGUGGAUUGAAUGGGUCACGGUCAUGUUCGCGCUUGUUGUUGUGGUGUUCCGCGGGAUCGCAGCUUCAAGAAGAGGAGACGGCCUUAGGGGCCAGCUGGUCGCGUGAAGCGUCAGCACGUUGUUUAACUAUCAGACGAUGACUCCAUUGCCUACUUCACUCAGUCGCGUCUUUCAAUGGUUGUAUACUUAAUCCUUCUUACUGUAUGCCCGGUGCCGGCUGUUUUUGUUCUGGUGAAACCCUCCGAUAGCUUAUGGACUGGAACAUAUAGUCGAACGUUCAUGUAGCGUUACUUUUUAAAAAAAUUGUUUUUGCGUAUUGCUGCAUUACUCACUUCUCUUCGCUGUAUGAGAAACGGUAGC